AUGUGCUCCAGAACUGUGUCUGUGUUGACCAAUAAGGUGAGCACCUUCUGGAAUCGGGGAAACUUUUGAUCUUUUUUAUGCAAUGCCGAUUGACGAUUGCUGCGGACCUCUUAAUCAUUUGUAUAAUCAACUCGUGUGUACUGCCUAUUUAUCCAAUCACAAAGUGACGAUUCUUUGAAAGAAAUGAAUAUCGGGGGGUAGGGGGUGAUGACACACACUCACCAGGAAGCCCGAGCGGACGAAGAUGAGGGAGAUGACAUGAGCUCCGCUAAGGCAAGUUUUUUAUCGGAACUUCUGGAUGCCUCCUCAAGUCCACCAUUAGAGGCAUGGUGGGAGCAACGAUGGAAGUAGUACACUUUUUGAGGGGACCAUUCUAACAACCCAACCGCGUUUCUCAAACGCUACGCUGAUCACUAUCAGAUACCUAUGUCUUAACUCGCUAGACUCCCUACGCGGCUGAUUAAUAUCAGAGAGAGAAAGGGAGAUAGGCUUUAUUUUGUCACUACCAUCCCAAAAUUUUCGGCAAAAAAGAUUCAGCUAGCCGUGGAUAAAGGGGAUGCGCAAAACAGAUAAAACCAGAAGAUCACAAGCGAUAGCUACCGAAAACUGCAACGGUCAAUAUCAUGAAGAUUCGCCGUGAAUGAAUUGUAAAAUUCGCGUCAGACUUGACUUCCUUCAAAACGGCGUAGCGUAGUGUGCAGAUGACCUUAUUAUUGUAGUCCAAAUAAACGAGGAGGCGAAAAAAUCGGUAUAUAAUGAGUAAAAUAGGUCAAGGGAUGUACGUAUAAGAAAAUUUCUUCGUGAAACGAAAAGUAGGAAAAGGGUGGCGGCCCAAUUUGAAAAUUAAUUAUAGGCCCAAAUCUUCGAUACGGUUAAUGUCCUCUGUCCGCUGCUCAAAUGUCACCUUGACGGCUCCUAAGGAGAAGCCAAAGUGGCACUGGAAUUGUUAUUUCUGGUUUAUUUGCAUCCCUGAACGGUAGUUGCUAGAGCACCCGAGGUUUGAUGCAAGGCAAGAGGAUCAUCGAGUACCUAAAUCCAGCACUAGAGACCACUUUAACUGCGGGGUCUAUGCUCUGGCAACUGCGGUCAGGUUACGUUUACGCAGCAAUGACGCUGAUCAUCCUAUCCUUGUUGCGAUGCAGAACACGGAGGGAUUCGUGUUCGCCCUGAAGCUUCGGAUCUCGAUCACAUGUCGGCAUUCGGUAAACGACUAGAGGACAAUGAACGAGACAUCAUAUAGGUCAUAGUUUGCCACCCCACUGUCAUUUUACCUUGUUGGUAAGACUUAUUGAGUAUGGACGGCUACUAGCUUACAUACCUCCUGUGAGGAUCCUAGACCCGAAGUCCCAAGGCGGGCGAAUGUCGGCCCGUCCUGUUUCGUUCUACACGCAGGAUAGAUCAGUGAACGCUACCGCCACAUCAGAAUUGUAUUUCCCAUCCCUACCUCUAGCCAGCCUCUAUUGGCCACCUAACUUUCUUCGUUGAGAAGCACUCAGACUCACGACAAGAGACAGGCCUAAAUAACUACUUUUCAGUCACUACGUCUUAGUCCUUCACUUCACGAAGAAAUAACGCGUCGGAUCUGAGACUCAAGUUCUUAUAGGCACCAUUUCUGGCUCUUAAGAGGCACAGAAAUUCAGCAAUUAGGUGGGGUAGGGGUUGUUGUUACUGCUGUUGUUCAGAACAGUAUCUCACCGUGACUGUUGUACCUCACUCAUUAAGCCUAAUGAGUCAUGCAUGAUGACCUUUCACCUCCAACUGGGUUAUUGAUCCCCCGAUAUCCCUAAGCCUGCCGGCAAACGGCUGGGCUUUACAGUUCACUUCUGUCUGUCAGCUAGGUAGCAUGACUAAGAGGAUGGUAGUCGGUAGCCCGAAAAAGGGAAUCUAAGGUGAGAAAUAUGUGCCAGAACUCAUCAGAUCUGUGCCCAGGUUUUUAUUAAUGCUUUCAAGUAUGCAAAAUUACUUAGGUGAGACUUCAUGAGUGAGCAGCACUUCGAUUUUCAGCGUGGGUAUCAAUUUAGUAACAGCUUUUAGAGAAAUGUGCAGUCUUUUCAUUUCUUAUAGCCUCUUUUUGCAAGCAUGCUUAUUGUUUGCAUUCGUCGCUUGAAGAAGAGAGCACUUUCGUUCUAUAGUGUUUGCUUUUUACUUUCGAACACGGUUAGUAACGCAUUUAUACUAAUAAAACGACGCUUACAGUAGAUGUGCUAUCUCACGAAGUGUAAACGGAAAUUUUGAAAUACUUUUUCAAUUCGAAUAGAUUGCUUAAGUAAAUUUUUCAUAUGAUUACAUCACGUCGCGUAAUACCAAGAUAUUAUAGUCACGUCAUAAUGCUGACUUUAGAGCGAUCUCCCUAUUGACUGCCUGCGUAAACUAUAUUCCGUAAAAAUGACUACCUAGAUAAUAUGAUUUUUUCUUGUUACUCUUCGAUGUCCUAAUAAAAGACAUGCACAAAAUUAUCCGUCCUUUGCUCAUUUAGUAGCAGCUAUGUCCUCUUUCAAUUUUAUACUUGAAGAAAGAAUAUCCUGCAGUUUCAAAAAGUUUCUAAUGAUAAAUUUUUUCGAAAUUGUGGAAUGUCUAAUCGUGCAGCAUUCUAUCAGCACAUUUAUUAAUGAUGCUCAAAAAGUGGAUAACAUGGUUCACACAUUACUAAAUUUUACGAGCCCUAUGUGUCCUCUCUAUAAUAACAUAAAAAUAUAUAAUGUUCUUUGCGCAAAAAUAUGCAACUUGUAGUUUGGGAUCCCUGAAUGCAGGUGUAACAGCAGGUCAGGUUCAAAAUUAUUCAGGAAUCGAGAGAGUUUUCUUAAGACCAAAAGAUGUUAUUUCUUCUGAUCCAGGAAUUUAAAAAGACGUAGUUUGUUACCAAAUAAGUAGGGGAAAGACUAUUUUUGUGCAUGUUUUCUGUGAAAUAUAUUUGGAUUUGUAAGCACAUCAUAAAUCAAUAGAAAAAAACUUAUAUUACUUAAGUAGUCAUUUUAUGCGGAAUAUAGUUUAUCCAAGCAAUCUGUGGGAAGCUCGCUCAGAAGCCGGCAACCUGACGUAACUGGAAUAUCUUGGUAUUAUGUGACACAAGAAUUAAUACGGCAACUUUGUUUAAGUAAUCGGUGAGAUGUGGUUAUGUAGCCCCACCUGAUAGAUACAACACUGCUGGGGUUGGCAUUAGGGUUAGGGGUUAGUGUUGUGGUUAGGACAACUAUUUCUCAACCCUUUAAAGUGCAACCGCGCAUUCGCAAUAGCUUUUCUUUUGCAUACAACUACUUGACCUCGUCGCCUGUGCAUCCCACCGACCCCACCUUUAAAAAGCCCCAUCACCACCCGUCCCGUAUGACAAAUGGCUGAGGUUUGUUUAGUUCAGGUGGAGCUGCAUAAUCACAUCUGGCCAGGUAAUCUUUCCGAACUGAAAACGUAUUUCAGGAUUUCGGGCAACGUUUCAUGAGACAGCAUAUCAACCUCAAGCCUAGGCUACGAUAGCGAAAACAGUCCUAUAAUACAGAGGAAUACGAGGUUAUCUUUUCUGCUAGAAAAAUUUUCGCUAUGAGUCACUUGAGUGUAUGGACAGACAAAUUCUCUUGAUUCUUCUUUAUGUUCGUCUUUUGGAGGAGUAAAUACCAUGGGCAUUCAUUUGCUAAAUAACCUAGAGAAGCAUAUUGCAAAUAGUAAACCUAGCGGGAGUGUUUUUUAUUCAACCUCCCGCUAGGACGCUGACGGUGCGGAAGGAUGAGGUGAUGUCCAUGCCUGUCAUUCCAUUCUCGCUAUCAUCUUAUUGACCUUCAGUUCAGUUAUGAAGAUGUCCUACAAUUCGGGGAUUUGAAGGCUGGCAGAUAGCGCGAAGCCUAAAAGUGAACCUUCUAUGAUUCCCUCAUAAUGUGUCUUUUUAAGCAUCAUUUUCGAGUGUACUAAUGCUGGUUCGGUUAGAAGAGGAAAAAGUAUAUUUUCGGGUUUGCAUCAGCAGAAACGCACUGUCUCGGUCGAACAUUGCACCAAACCUUAUUUCAUACCGUUGAAAAGGUAGUCUUGGGAAUUGAAUGGGAAAAGACCGGAAGAAAGAGAGGAGGAGGAGGAGGAGGAGGAGGAGGAGGAGAAGGAGGAAGAGGAGGAGGAGGAGGAGGAGGAGGUCGACGGUGCACAAGCAUCCCUGUUAUAAACCAAUUCACGUUCAUGCUGUUUUGCUCGAGAAAACUGUUCUUUGCCGACCAUGGCGGAGAAGCUACUACGUGUUACGAUGGUGAUUUGUUAUUGUAACAAUUUGUGUCUCAAAAGACAAGCUCACACGAAAGGUUUUAGUAUGGUUAUCGAAGCCCCAGAUAACAUGCGCCUGUAACUAAGAGUUGGCAUGCGGUCGAUUGCGCGCUUUGUACAGCGGUGAUUUAGUCACUAAAAACGGAAACGUUGUUUGCAUGGUGGAAUAUAAAUAAAGAACCUCUAAGAAGUUCGGGAUCAUAUUCGGCGACUGUGAGGGUAAAAUAUGCUGAGGUAUUAAAAGUUCAAGAGAAUCAAAUUGCCCCUUUUUGUGAUUAAGAUUUAUUCGCAGUUGUUGCGCGUUAUGGUAGUGAACUGCAAUUAAUCGGUUGACAUUGAGCCAGAGAGUCUUGGACCGAUAGACUGGCCGUCCGAACUAUCGGCCAGGGACUUUUUCGUGACCUGCGCCCCUUCUUCUCGUUUCCGCUUUGCAGAUGUUCCUGGCGCUCUUCGAGUGAUGCCUUCUUCCCCCCGUAGCCUUUCCUGUUAUCCCAACACGCAAGGAGACAUUAAUAUGCUCCUUUUACCCGCCAGCUUGCGAUAACUCCUGUUAGACUGUUGGUUUCUUGUGUGGCCUGACCGGGCAGUUUUUGCCCUCUUGAAAUCUUCAUUUUGGGCAGGCAAGUGAUGGGAAUGCGCGACCGCACCUAUAGAUGUUUCCUUGGGCCAAUCCACGAACAGCAGCCCAACGAUAUGCACCAAAGCUAUUGUUCUCGCUCCAACAUCCUCCCCCCUCCCCCCCCCUCCUCAAGUCACGGUCGCCGAAUGUGCCGCUGGAUGACGCGACAGCAACCUCAUCAAUUCCUUCGUGGCGUGGCCGCGAAGGCUUGUGUGCUACCACGAGGGCCAUAAAUUGUGAUUUAGGUGUAAAACCAUCAAACGCCGCAUCUGCAGAGAUCGUGAAAGUGGAAUUAUUAGUCACCUCCUGACUCAUUUAUGUUCAGACGUGGCAUCCUACCUCAAUGCGCUGAAAAUCUUACAGCUAUUUUUCGCCCAGGAUUUUCCCAGCCGUUUAAGAAGUCGGGUCAAUUCUUCCACGUGGUUUUAUACUAAAAGUGGUGAUAUCCUCAGUUCUCGAAUAAACUAUAGAAUAGUCGGCUAGAUCGCAGUUGGUAGCCAGGAAUGGGGAGGCGGACGCCGACCUUACCCUUAAUCCCAACCCUAACCUCAACCUUGAACGUUAACCGUUAACCCUAACGGCAACCCUAACCCUAACCGAAAUCGUAACCGGAUCCGUAGCCCUUAGACAUAGCCGUAACUGAAAAAUCUAACCGUAAUACCGAAACCUAAUCGCACGCUCAAACCCUAACCGUAACCCGAAAACCUACGCCAAAGGCAUAACUCUAACCCGAAAAUCGGGAACAAUUAACCGGUACCCUAAUCCUAACCUCAGAUGUAAAACGGAAGCCAAAUGGGUCAGAUGUGAUCAUGGAACCCCAUUAAAUAGCCACAGUAAGCAAAACCCCCAGCCACCUGUAAUACGGGGCCUGGCUACCAACUGCGAUCUAGCCACAGCGGUUAAGCUUAACUUCGUUAUCGUCAUCGGGCAGCUUGGUCCAACAACAUCCUCGUCAGGAAAAGCAUGAAAUAUGGACGCAAAUCGAUCGAUUCGCUGUUUCAUCGUCAUCGGAAAUAUCCGCUUUACCGCCUUCCAGCCUGGACGUGCUGUCAGGCACUUAUCGUACGCAACUGUAAUAACUGGUGGCGUUUAGAAAUAUUUUGCCUAAAUAAAGCGCCUAAGUCCGGCUUGAUUUCCUAAAAUUCCCUCUAAAAUAGUCGGCCUCCGCAAUUACUCACGAAUCAUUAUGCUGCCGGCCGUAAGAGUCUAACGGCCGUAACGAUAGGCAAUACUUCAACCGAUGAAUUUUCCCUGCAUGUACAAACUCCAAGGUAAAGUGCCGUUAGAAAUGAUGAAAGGCAAGGGUUUGCUUAAGGUUUUUGCCUGCCUUUUUGAGAAUUUGUUAGUUUUUAAAUCUAUUUUCCCCAUUCCUUAUGUAGGUCACGCUGAUCACAACCUGCCCGCCUAGUUCGCGCAAAAUAGAGACCUUCCUAACAUCAACUAACAGAAACCUGUUUCACCGAAGCAAUUCACGAACCAUUUGGCUGCCAGAGCCCGAGAAGACUCCUGACCCGAUAAGGCCUCCUCGAGCUGAACAACUGCAGUCUGGCAGAAAACGAAAGUCCAGGGGCUCAAAGAUUCGUGAAAAGCGGUCUACAGAGUCCCGUGUCUAA